CACUCACAUAAGUUGCAACGAGACUACGAGUGAAGUGGCUUGCAAGAGCACGAGCCCCAAGUGAAGUUUCAGUGUAGUGACAACUGCUACCCAGUCUCUUAGAUUACAUUUAUGAUAAAUCCACAGUGAAAUAAUCUGAACAAAUAAUAAUAUUACCAAGUGAAAGUGCUGUGUAGAAAUAUUUAGUAUUGGCGUUUUACAACGUACGUGAUUAUAUUUUAAUCCUUUGAUUAGUGACAAGUUGAAUAACAAUUUCGACUUGGCCUUUUCGGAUUACUGCCUGAGCAACAAAUUAAAAUAUCAGACGCCCCAAUGGCUACGGUGUCGCGACGAUCAACCAAGCACCACCGACACAACAUGAACAAGUACUCCUGUGAGUCGGAGAAGAUUGCGCGCCCCACGGUGGACAGGCCUCUAGCUCAGCUCAACACUCAGCCCUUCGAAGUGCAGUACAGACUUGGCUCAGUGCUCGGUGAAGGAGGCUUUGGCAAAGUCUACAGCGCCAUCAGAAUUUCUGACCGCAAGCCUGUCGCUGUAAAGCAAGUUCCUCGCGCCAAAGUCCCUACCUGGGGCGUGGUCCAAGGAGACAUGGUGCCCAUGGAAGUGGUCCUCCUCCGCAAAGUUAACCACAUUGAGGGAGCCAUUCACUUGAUUGAGUGGUUCGAGUAUGGCGACUGCUUCCUCAUCAUCAUGGAACGACCAGAAAGAUGUGAAGAUCUCUACGAUUAUAUUACUGGCAACAGGCGCCUUGAAGAAUCAGAAGCCCGAUACCUCUUUAGACAAGUUGUUGAGAUUGUGCGAGAUAUUGAAGCUGCCGGAGUUACACACAGAGAUAUUAAGGAUGAAAAUCUACUCGUCGUCCCUGACGAGUUCGGCAACAAUAAAAUCAAGUUAAUCGAUUUUGGAUCUGGUGCUCUCGUCCAAGAUUCUCCUUUCUCAGACUUCGAAGGAACCAGACAAUAUUCCCCUCCUGAAUGGAUUCUCCGCUCUACUUAUCAAGGACUCCCUGCCACCGUUUGGUCAUUGGGCAUCCUUCUUUACGAUAUGGUCUGCGGAGACAUUCCCUUCGAAGUUGACAAUCAGAUUUUGAGCAAUCAGAUCAGUUUUAGAGGCCUUAAUAUUAGCAAAGAAUGUAAAAAUCUUAUUCACCAAUGCCUUCAAUUCCUUCCGAAGAAUCGCCCCAGCCUCGAGAAAAUGUUGCGGCAUGAAUGGUUUCAGACCGACGAAUCUAACAGCUACGGAGUGAAUAACAUUGACUCAACCGUCGAAGUUGGAGAAGAGGCUGUAGACUUGACGACGCUGGCUGAAGGCAUCGAUAGUUUAGGGGCCUUCGGUGUAGACAGUCGAGGCCCUCAGACCAGCGGGGGUAGUAACGGUGAGGAUCAUUUGGAUGAAGAUGAGGAUGACGAAGAGGACGAGCAUAAUAUUGGCCUUAGAUAUUAACUGUGGUCCAUUGGUCCUAAACUCUUGUGUCUUGGGCAGUCUGGCCUUGAAACUCCAUACUUGAGUAGUCUGCUCGUUUUGUCCUUAAGCAAAAAUCAAAGAAGAAAAUUAGGAGCAAUUGAAGGAGAACGAUGCAUUGUUCGAGCUGUGAUUUGAUCUUAUUUAUCAACGGAAUAUCAAUUAAGCGUUGUUGCACCCUUAUGCUUGUUUAGUCAUCAUAAUCAUAGAGCGUCAGUUAUACGCUGUAAUACUAAGUUAAUUAUUUAGUUCUGUUUUUGUACACUUUUGUCUCCUGGCUGCUAGUGAUCAUGUACAUUUAUAUACAUAUAUUAUUAUUUUAUGAAAC